CGGGGGCUGCGCCGCAAGCAGCACUCGCUGCUGAAGCGCCUGCGGAAGGCCAAGAAGGAGGCGCCGCCCAUGGAGAAGCCGGAGGUGGUGAAGACCCACUUGAGGGACAUGAUCAUCCUCCCGGAGAUGGUGGGCAGCAUGGUGGGCGUCUACAACGGCAAGACCUUCAACCAGGUGGAGAUCAAGCCCGAGAUGAUCGGUCACUACCUGGGGGAGUUCUCCAUCACGUACAAGCCGGUGAAGCACGGCCGGCCGGGCAUCGGCGCCACCCACUCCUCCCGCUUCAUCCCGCUGAAGUAACGAGGCGCUUUGGGGGCCCUUUCCCACGUGUAAAUAAAGAGAUU